AUGACAGGCACUGAUCUUGAAACUUAUACUGCCCGUUUCAAUGACCUAGCACUCCUCUGUCCAACAAUGGUCACUCCAGAAGAGAAGAAGGUGGAACGAUAUCUCUGGGGGCUGUCAUCCCAGAUUCAAGAUAGUGUAUUGGCCUCAAAACCCACUACCUUUGAGAGUGCCAAGGAAUUGGCACAACAACUCAUAGAUCACAGGGCUAGCCGUGGUACCGUGAUAACCACCACCGACCGAACAAAAGGAGGGAACAACAAGAGGAAGUUCUGGGGCAAUAAAAAGAAACAACCAAUGCAGGACCCCGCCAAAAAGCAACAGAUUGUUGCUGUUCGUGCCGCCACUACUGCUGUCGCUCCAGCGCCGCCGAAACAUGGUGGUGGUGGUGGUGGUCGCCGUCGCCGUAGCCGCAACUGCAGCAGGAGGAGCAGCAGGAGGAGAAGCAGUGGUGGUGGUGGUGGUGGUGGUGGUGGUCGUGGUCGUGGUCGUGGUCGUGUCGUCGUAGGUCGUCGUCGUCGUCGGCGGCGGCGGCGGCGUCGUCGUCCGCGUCGUCGUCGUCGUAGUAGUAGUCGUCGUAGUCGUAGUAGUGGUAGUCGUAGUGGUAGUAGUGGUGGUAGUAGUGGUGGUAGUAGUGGUCGUAGUGGUCGUAGUGGUCGUAGUGGUAGUCGUAGUGGUAGUCGUAGUGGUCGCCGUCGUAGUCGUCGUAGUCGUCGUAAUCGUAGUAGUCGUAGUCGUAGUGGUAGUCGUAGUGGUAGUCGUGGUGGUAGUCAUGGUGGUAGUAGUGGUCGUAGUAGUGGUAGUGGUGGUCGUAGUGGUGGUCGUAGUGGUGGUAGUAGUGGUGGUCGUAGUGGUCGUAGUGGUAGUCGUAGUGGUAGUCGUAGUCGUCGUCGUAGUCGUCGUAGUAGUCGUAGUCGUCGUCGUCGUAGUAGUCGUAGUCGUCGUAGUCGUCGUAGUAGUCGUAGUAGUCGUCGUAGUAGUCGUGGUCGUGGUCGUGGUCGUGGUCGUGGUCGUGGUCGUGGUCGUCGUGGUCAUCGUAGUCGUUGUCGUAGUGGUCGGUCGUGGUCGUGGUCAUGGUCGUGGUCGUGGUCGUGGUCGUCGUCGUCGUAG